UCUAUUUAUCAAUACAAAAUAGUCGAGAGACUUUUUUUCUGAGAUUUAGCAGCUUUUGCUGAUAACAUAAUAUAUUUAGAGUAUUUUAUACUCGAACCUCGGUAGCGUACAUCAAGAAAUCUGUGAUAGGCGUCAGCUUUUAUAAAAUGGGCUGAAUUAAUGCUGUGAAAGUAAAGUGUUUGAGGUCCAUUAAAAUGAUGGGCCUUCAUUUUUCAGACAUUGAGAAAACAAAGAAAUGGCAGAUACGACAUGGGCUUACAGAGAACUACACCUAGUUGAUCUUCAAACCUGCACAGCGACUGUAAUUGCUACAUUUGCUACUCUCUUAAGACUACAGAUGCUGAGAUAAAUAUAUACAACAAUCAUGUUUGUUUCUCAUAAGCUCAGCACUUCUAAGAAGACCUUCCAAAAACCUAACAUCUUGCGGCGGAAGACCAAGGCCACAGCUAUCAAAUCUGGGUCCUGUAAGCCCAGUCCGGCACCCACUGCAACUGCAGGGGGGCCCAAGCUGCCAGACACAGCUAGGAACAAUACUGCACACAAUUGGGGUGUAUCAAGACCUGUUAAUAGGGUGCAGUUGGAGGUGUUGGCACAAGAUGUGGCAUGCAGUCCAAGUGAACACCCUGCAGCUACAAGUGUGGGUACGCAGGACAUACACAUGGGCACUGUUGUCCACGUCGAGGAGGUGAUGGAUAUGGAGGAUCAACUAUCUAAUGUGGAGGAAACUCUAUGUGAUGAUACGCAGCACAGCACGGACCAAGAGGUUGUCGAUGUAGAGGCUUUCUUGAACGGCAGCCGGACACAGUACAAAACACAAUAUGAAGCUCAGAGUAAAUUGGAAAACAGUUCAGUUCAAAAAUGGCAAAUAGAUUUGGAAAAUGACACAGAUGAAAUCAUAAUGGAACCUUAUAAUGGACUUCAAGAGAUGCCGGAGGACAAGUCGGAUGCGGCCCUGCCGCCGCCGCCGCUCGACUGCGACCUCGUCGCCAUCCGCCCCGGCAACUUCAAGUGCGACGAGCCAGACUGCAACAAAGCGUUCCUCACGGAGCAGAAGCUGCGCCGGCACCGCGCCGUGCACAACAAGCAGCGCCCCCCUCCCCCCGCCGCCGUGGAGUGUCCGGCGGGGGCGGGGGUGGAGCGGGAGGAGGGGGUGGAGCGGGGGGAGGGGGAGGGGCGAGCGAGCUGGCGCGCCACCUGA